CCCAACCCAAGCCCCAAUCCUUGCCCAAGUCCAAGCUUCUGCUCCAACCCAAGCCCCAAUCCCUGCCCAAGCCCAAGCUCCUGCCCCAGCCUCAGAUCCAGUCUCAGUCCCCACAAGUAAGUCAAUGCCUGCAAGUCAGGAGCCUAGUAUGACUCUUCGCAAGGGCAACCAGGAGGGGCAGAUCUCAACCAGCUGGGGAAAUCUUAUUUCAAUGGUUCUUAGGAGUCACCCCUUCCCCCGGCAAGAGAGGCCCCAAGGGACAGACCUAAGGGCAGCUCCGGAGAGCCAGAGAGAGCCCAGCAGUUCCACAGCCUCGGAGAACAGGGAGUCUGGUUCUCUCCCCGAAGGGACCAUUCCUAGUCUCAAGGACAUGCACGGCUCCCCAGCUGGGGCGGCCACAGGGGCAGGCACAGGGGGCCUGGCUGAGGCAGGACAUCAGCCGCAGCACAGAAGCUCUGAGGCUAACGAGGCUGCGGUGCCCGGGGCCCCAGCUCCACUGUCAGAACAGAGGAAGCCUGGCCCUGCACCUUCCCCCUCUGCCAGGCGGGAGCCACAGCCUGUCCCCAGGCCACGGAAACACAGCAUGUGUGAGCUAGCCAAGAGCUCUGAGCUGAAGGCCAGCCAGGCGGCCCCAGGAGAGGCCCCAGGGAAGAGGCCCAGCCCCGUAGGCAGCAGGGAGGUCCUCACAGAGGAGCAGAAAGAGGCCCGCAAACUCAUGGUGUUUCUGCAGAGGCCUGGGACCUGGGGGGUGGUGGAGGGGCCCCGGAAGCCCAGCUCCCCUGCCCGGGAGCCGGCUUUGGCAGCAGCUCUGCAGCGGCGGCUGGACCUGGGCAGCUGCCUGGACGUCCUGGCCUUUGCCCAGCAGCAUGGGCAGCCUGUCCUGGCCCAUGAGACCUAUGCUUUGAUGAGCGACAAUCUGCUGCACGUGCUGGGCGACCCGAACCUCUACCGGCAGCUGAGUGGGGCUGACCGGGAGCGCAUCCUGGGCCUUCGAACUAGCAGGGGCCAGGCUGUGCUGGGGGUCCUCGUGCUGCCCAGCCUCUACCAGGUGAGCCGCUCAGGGCUCACCAGGGGCCCCCGAGUGGAGGAGGCUCCUGCCACAGGUGCUGCGCCCCUGCCUCCCCCAUCGCACCUGCACGUGUUCAACCCCCAAGAGAACACCUGGCGGCUCCUGACGCAGGUGCCAGAAGAGGCCCCGCUGCGGGGCUGUGGUCUCUGCACCAUGCACAACUACUUGUUCCUGGCAGGGGGCAUCCGUGGCUCGGGCACCAAGGCCACCUGUUCCAAUGAGGUCUUCUGCUACAACCCUAUGACCAACAUCUGGAGCCAGGUGCGGCCCAUGCAGCAGGCCCGUGCCCAGCUCAAACUGGUGGCCCUGGACGGGCUGCUCUACGCCAUCGGUGGCGAGUGCUUGUACAGCAUGGAGUGCUACGACCCCCGCACAGACACCUGGACCUCACGGGCGCCCCUCCCCGCGGGCACCUUCCCUGUGGCUCACGAGGCCGUGGCCUGCCGUGGGGACAUCUAUGUCACUGGGGGCCACCUCUUCUACCGCCUGCUCAGGUACAGCCCGGCGAAGGAUGCUUGGGAGGAGUGCCCCUACAGCGCCAGCCACCGGCGUUCCAGCGACAUGGUGGCACUGGGCGGCUUCCUGUACCGCUUUGACCUGCUGCGGGGCGUGGGUGCCGCCGUGAUGCGCUACAACACCGUGACGGGCUCGUGGAGCCGGGCCGCCCCCCUGCCCCUGCCGGACCCUGUCCCGCUGCGCUGCACCGUGCUGGGCAACACCAUCUACUGCCUCAACCACCAGGUCACGGCCACCUUCACGGUCUCCGAGGGGACUGCCCAGUUCCAGGCCAAGGAGCUGCAGCCUUUCCCCCUGGGGAGUAAAGGGGUCCUCUGCCCAUUCAUCCUGACUCUGCCCCACUCGGCCCCGCUCCAGACUUCCCUCUGA